AAAACAAAGUUUGGCUCGGCGUAAGUUUCUCAGUCGUCGCAACGACGGAAGCCGUCCAGCAACAGCAGAGCAGCAGCAAGAGGUCGGACCGGAGGCGAGUGCAUCUCUUGUCUUGUUGUCGGGCGCCCCGCCGCUCCCCGCCGCGCAGAGUCGCGACAUGCGGCGCAACUUCCAGGUCUUGGCGCUGCUCGCGGCGCUGCUCGCCGUGGCCGCGGACAGGCCCGGCCACCACGCCAUGAUGUCCAUCCUCGUCGGUGCUGCACCCGGAGGCCGUCCUGAAGGGCCGCGUGGGGACGCCAGCGAUUCGCUGAGCUCCUCCGAGGACGACGACGACGUCGCCCUGGAGGGCCAGCUGCCUCCGGGCCCGGGGGUCAUCAUCCUGGGCGGAGGCCCUGGGGCUGAGGGGGGCACGUAUCGCCCCUCGCCGUUUGGCCGCAGACCGCCGCCGCGCAAGUUUGUCGGCGGCCCGAUAGAACUAUCGCUGAACGACGCCCUGCUCGCCGUGCUCGGCGGUGGCCACGUCGGGGCCGGCGGCAGCUACCGCGGUACUGGCCUAGCUGGCGGCGACAUCGAGGACAUCCUGGCGGACAUCGCCAAGCUCGGCGGCGCGCAGCCUGCGAGCAAACCCGCCAGGCCCGGCAUGAAACACGACGUCGGUGACGAGGAGGGAGAUGACCCCGUCGAUGACGACGAGGACGCCGAUGGUGAAGACUCCGCGACCUCCAAGCCAACGCGGGGAAAAGGCCCACGGCCCGCGGACAAACCCACCAGAACCGAUAAGCAGGACCCCGCCGAUGACGAGGAGGACGACGACCCCGAGACUGAGGACGGCGAAGCUCCCGCGGUCACCAAGCCAACGCGUGGGAAAGGCGCGCGAAAGCCCGCAAAGCCUGGUAGACGCGGUAAGCAGCACCACGCUGACGACGACGAGGAGGCCGAGUCGGACCCCGCCGAUGAAGAUCCCGCGGAAGUUAAGCCGACGCGAGGCAAGGGGGGCGACGCCAGCUACGCCCCGGAACCCGACGACGACGGUGCGGAGGGUGACGACGAGGAGGGCGGUGGCCGCGGCGUGCUGCACUUCUUGGUCCGGCCUCCGGGAGUGUACGGCUACGGCCCCGGUGCGGACGUGUACCCGGGAGGCGGGCGAGGCGAGGGUGUCUACGUGGUGAGGCCGCGUCCGGGAGAAAAGCCGGGCAGGCCACAACGUCCGGCUGCAGACGAGGGCACGGAGUCUGAUCAAGAAGAGGGUGUCUUUGACCUGCGACCGGGUAUGGGAGGCAGGCCGAUGAGGCCACAAAGUCCGGGUGUGGAGUCCGACCAGGGAGAGGGUGUCUUUGUCCUGCGACCGGGUAUGGGAGGCAGGCCGAUGAGGCCACAAAGUCCGGGUGUGGAGUCCGACCAGGGAGAGGGUGUCUUUGUCCUGAGACCGGGUAUGGGAAGCAGGCCGAUGAGGCCACAAAGUCCGGGUGCGGACGAGGGUUCCGACCAGGGCGAAGGCGUCUUCGUCGUGCGACCGGGUCCGGGUGGGACGCCGGGCAUGCCGGGCUCGACGCCGGGCCGGGGCCGGGGCCAGGGUGUCUACGUGAUGCGCCCGAGCCUGGGCGGGAGGCCGAUGAGGCCGGUCAGCCCAGGUGCGGACGAGGCUGGCCAGGGCGAGGGCGUGCUCGUGGGGAUCGGGCCGAUGGCAUCGGUGCCCGGGCGCGGCCGCGGCCGCGGCCAGCGCGUCCUCGUCGUGCCUUCACUGGGGGUGACGACGGCGACCUUCGGGCCCCCCGGCCUUAGUGGUGUUUACGGGGGCGGUGUGCUGGGCCUGGGCCCCGCGAUGCGCGGUCCCGGCGGAUCACCCUGGGACUUCCUCCUGGGCGGCUCCGGCGGUCUCGGGGGGCGCGGCGGCUUCGGGGUCCCUCCCGGACUGCUGGGCUCAACGGCCCCCAACGUUGUGAUGCUCGGAGAUCGGCCGCCCAUCGGUCUUGGGGGCAGGCCCUUCAAACCCGCGAGGAGACCGGACAGCCUCGACAGCCACCCAGACAAACCUGCUGCACCAGAGGACGAAUCGGAGGACGAACCUGAGGACAAACCUGAGGACGAACCUGAGGACAAACCUGUUGACGAACCUGAGGACGAACUGACACCACACAGUCCCAAGGACGUUCCGAAAAGGAUGAAACCGACCAAUUCGAAACAUGAUCAAGCGGCACCCAACGAUGACGUUCCUAAAGACGUUCCGAAAGACGGCCCCGCCUCCGACAAACCUCCCCACGACGCACGGCCCGAGGAUGACGACGGCGACGACGAUCCCGAAGACAAGCUCGACAUCACUACCCAAGAAAGCGAGGAUACCACGCCCCCCACGACACCCGCCGGCCCCACUGACGCCCCCGAGGAGGCCCCAGAGGAAGCUACCCCCGGCUCAGAGGCAGAGGCCACCACCCCGACGCCCGAGUGCGAUGGGGGCGCUUGCCCUCUGCCGCCCAAGUCCAAGCCCAAGCCCAAGCGCCUCACCGCUGCGUAGCGCCCUCGCGAACGUCGGACGGCAGAGGCCCAGGGGAGAAAGCAAAGCCGCUCCCUGCGUCCGUUCGAUGCCGAAGCAGAGCUUCAUGAAAAUUUUCGUCUUAUUGUUCCCCCGGUCCGACCAUUGCUCUCCCGAAUCAGACUUGAUCCUGGCGGCGGGCGUACGCCCGAGUCCGAGAUUUCUCGCACAUACUUUAUUCACAGCGGGGAUCUCUUCGAUCCCUACACAGUCCCUUGUCGGUCCGUUGGGGAUCAGUGGUAGGGCCUCCCCGCGGGUGGCCAACGUGUCGGGCGACGCCCACGCCCAGCGCCGAGCCCGGGCUCGCGCACCGACCGCCGACGACCGGCCGACCGCCACUAAUCCCCCCAUUUAUCCCCGGACCAACCCCUCGGUCUAUCGGGAGAAUGUAUGCAUGUGUGUGCUUGCGUGUGUGUGUGUGUGUGUGAGCGCGUGCGUGCACGUGUGUGCGUGCGUGUGUGCGAGCGCGUGUGUGCACGCGUGUCUGCGCCGUGCGGGGCCCCACGCACGUAUUAAUUAUUACUUCCCCGACGCGUCCGGAGUGAGCACUGCCGGGGCCGGCGCGCGCCGCGGGAGGGAGUGAGAGAGAGGGGCUCAGCGGGUUGGGACGCGGCCCGGCGCGGCACGCUAUCAGAUUGUCCCGCCAAACUCACCGGCGGCGCGGCGGCGCGCGUCGCGCCGAACCCCAUACGUACUGCCCGCCGUUUGUAUGGACGAACACGUCUCUCUCUCUCUCUCACACUCUUAUUGUGAUCACGUUGUGUGCACAGACCGACAGGCACACAGACAGACAAACAGAUAGAUAGGCAGACAGACAGACAGACAUACAGACAGACAGACAGACAGACAGCUCUGUUUUUGUACGCUAUUUGUACUCAUGCUCUCUUCUUGUAACAAUAAAUUGAAAAACAAAUUUAAAAAAAAUGAAAUAAAAUUGAAAUGUUUUUUGGUGCAAAAGAA